ACAAGCUCUUAUCAAAAUCAGUCUGGUAUAGUGAUUCUAUGAAGAUACGAACGAAAUAGAUUUUCUGUAGUCCUCUAUACAGAAUAGGCAUACAUUAAUGAUCACGGCUUGAUGAGUAAGAUGCAAGAAUUGUAAAAGUCUUAAAGAAAUAAGAAUUCUGUUACGUUGCACUGAUGGAAUCUCCGAUCGAAGGAAGCCGUGUACCCGAGUCUACCGAGUCCAAUCAUUCUACCAGCUCUCCGAAAGUCACUGGUACCAAAGUAAAGCCCAACACCAGAUAUGUCGCUCAUCGUCUUUGCUCACGUCCACAGCCCUCAGACAGCGUGUCCCUGCCCAUUAUGGACAAGAUUAAGGACGAAGAAAGCAAAAUGUCAAGUAACGAAAGAAAAUCAGGGAAAAGAAAAACAAUUCAACUUAUUGGUCAUCAUAAUAGACCACAAGCUACAACGUGUUCAGCGGGAAUAUCAGCAGUCGCUGAAAAUAAAGACAAAAAUUCUGCCAUCUUCCCAGCUAACAGAAACGGUUUUAGUCUAAGCGGAGUGCAUGCAAACUUUACAUCCACUUCCAGACAAGAUAUAAUGACUUCCAGCCAUUUUGCGAAUAGUACACCAAGAGGGGGACAACACAGUGCAUCUAUUAGACACAUUUCUUCACAAUCUCCAGUCUCUUCAUCUGCCAUGUGUAGCCCCAGAUCCACUGUCAGCGGAAACUCUACUAAAGGAAAAGAAAAAAGCAAUUUCAAAUACACAAACUGCGGCUUGGUGCCAUCUAAAACACUAGUACCUGCACAAAAUGGUUGUACUUUAAGGGAUAAUGUUGUUAGUCAAAAGCACAAGACUCCUCCUACAAAUGGUUCACCAAAGAUUGAAACGCAAACACCAAAGGUUGGACAAGGGCAUGGCUCUUAUCGAAAAGAGAAUGUACCGAAAACCAAAACGAGGGACAUCGGUACUUUGACUGUGUUUGGUUCAGAAACAUUCCGAUCAUCAUUCCAAGAGUAUAUCUCCACUGGGCGUAUAUGUAACAAGAAAAGCCGUAUACCUGUCAGAAUAGACACACACAAGCUUUCUAACGCUGCACACAGAAGAUACUCAGAUGGAACAGAGAGGAACAUCAAACACCCUUACCAAAGUACCAUUGUAAAGCGUGUCAAUAACAAAACAAAUUUGUCUCUAGAUGAAAAUCAACAUUCAAAAGAAAUGAAACGGAAGAUCAGGGCUCCCCCGACAAUUCCAAACACCAAGAGAGAGGGUGACAGUAAUCGAAUAAAUGCUGUUGAAAGAAGGGUUUGUGAGUCCAAACGUAAACCUGAAGGAAAUCGAUUAGGUUAUCUAAAAGGAAACGCGAGUACCACAAAUAUGGAAUGGAAAGAGGUAGAUGAUACACAAAAGGAUGUAGGGGACCGUAAAAACUAUAAAGAUGAUGUCGUGAAGGUUAAAAGUAAAGAAUAUGAUUUACAUGGUAUGUUUCAGUGCAUGUUGCAAUAAAGAGCCAUAUUCCAUCAGAUGCAUGUCGACGAAAAGAAGUGGAAUCAUUUUUUGCUGAAGGACAAAAGAAAAACUACAUAAAACUGUAAAUUAUUUUUGAUUUUAGAGUGUAAUAAUAUAAAUCACGUAGAUUCUGAAUGGAGAAUAUAUGUGUGCUAAACU